AUGUCUGACACCUCUCCUUCCGCUGGCCCCGUUUCCAAGAGGAAGCGCACUGCCCUGGCCUGCAACGUCUGCCGCUCUCGCAAGUCCCGUUGCAACGGCGCCCGACCCCAGUGUUCCAUGUGCAGCGCGGCCGGGUUCGAGUGCAUCUACGAGACCUCUGACUCGGCUACAAACAUCAUCGUCCAGAAAGAAUAUGUAGUCGGUCUCUCUGAUCGUGUACAGGCCCUCGAGGCUGCGAUAGCAAAGCACAACAAAGCGAUCCAGGACCACGAGACAAGGCUUCAAUCUGUCGAGCCUCGUGGUCAAAGGACCCGCACCUUUGACGAUGAUCAUCCCGGGCCUGCAGAACUCGGCCAGACCCCUGUGUCGAUAGCGAGCGCUGACAACCAGGAGGCUCCAUCCGAGGAGCGUGUAACCGACGGCAUGGUCAUCUCUUUUGUGAGCGAGGCAGACACCGGCCACUUUGGGCCCUCCUCGAACAUCGCUCUCCUCGGCCACAUCUCGCAAGCAGUGUCGUCUUUGGCCAACUCUCACGACAUCCCUUCUUCUGGCGUCAUGGAAAACUGGGCUCGUAUCGACAGCGGCAUCAUCAACACAACGCGCCGCGCUUCGCCUGAGAAUAGCACCGCUGAUAAUGGCCUUCGGAUACACCAUGGAAAUCCCUCGCCAUACGUUCUUCCCUCUGAGGCUGUUACCCGAGAGCUCAUGAGACAAUACUUCUCAAACACAGGUUUGCUCUACCCAUACAUUCAUGAACCUACGUUUGUCAAGGAGUACGACGACCUUGUUGCCAAUGGGUUCAAGAAAGCCCGCCGGCCAUGGCUGGCCCUCCUGCACAUGAUUCUCGCCAUGUCCUCGAGCACGCUCGUAGUGGACACAAAGGAGGAGCGCCAGCAACGAAAUGCCGAGUCGUUGCUGUUCUACAAGCGAGCUGCGAGACUCUGCGACAGCCAGGAAACGCGAGGGACAAGUCUUGAGACCGUUCAAUAUCUUCUCCUCGCGUGCCAUUACCUGCAGGGCACGCAAAGCUCUGUGCAGACAUGGUCCACACACGGGUUGGCAGUCAAGGCCGCUUUAUCUCUUGGCCUGCACUCCAUCAACGCGUCAAAAGACUUUUCACGACACAACCAGGAGUUGCGAAAGAGGGCAUGGUACGGUUGCGUUGUUCUGGAUCGAAUGCUGAGCCUGACGUUUGGGCGUCCCGCAAUAAUCCCUCGCCAUUUCAUACGACUGCCUCUGCCCGAGGACUUUGCCGGUCUUGACACGAAUAAUGGUCCGACCAGCGCACUUCUUCUUUCUGCCCAGUUCUUUGGUGGUACAAUGGCGACCGUCAUGCUAACGCAGACCUCUAGCACACUUAUGAACGUGCUUCACGAAGUGAUCGCUGACCUCUACGGCGAUAACCUGGGCUGCGACCCUCCCCUGGAGGAAGGCGAGAUGCUCACCCGGGUGUUCCGCCUCGACCGUGCACUGGGCCAGUGGGAGCUCGAUCUCCCGCCGGGUCUGUCGCUGCUGCAGCCUGGGGACCUGACGCAGCUCGACCCCUCAGAUACUGUACACCUCCGAUUCCGCACCAUCCUGACGCUGCGGAAGCUGAACCUCGAGACUCUGAUACACCGCCCUGCGCUCGUGCAGACGGUGGACACGCUGAGGAGGAGCCCCGGCUCGAAUAUCGGGGCUCCCAAGUCGCUGCAGAGCAUGCGCCAGAGCUCGAUAAACUCAUGCGUCACAGCGGCCGAAAGCAUCAUCUCCAUCAUCCACCAGACGACGACGGGCGAUGGGCCUAGAAAGCGUUUACUUGGAGCAUGGUGGUUCAGUCUCUACUAUGUAUUCAACGCGUCCCUGAUUCUGUUUACGAACCUGUUGAUGGCUAUGCAAGGGGGCCAGGUGGACAGGUCAGCAGCCCUCCAGCGCUGCGACGAGUAUCUUCUCAUGGCGGUAGAAGCUCUCCGAAACCUCGACGCGGGCAACAUGGUAAUCAAGAUCUGCAACCAUCGCUUAUCCCAGCUGCGUCAGCUCUUGCUGUCGUGGAGUAAGUCAACCCCCUUCCACCCCGCGCCGCUUUUGGCAAACGCGAGAUUGUAUUGUAGACGCUGA